AUGAGCCAAGUUAUUGUCGACCACGAAACGCGCGUAGAGAUCCUCCAGAUCCGACCCAAGGGCUUGACCCUCUUCGACGCUCUAUACAACUCGCUCGUUCUCAGGAACACGCUGCCCUAUCUCCCCGUGUCUGGCCUGCUGAACCUUGCCGCGACCUGCCGCGACCUCCGGUACCUCAUCUUGCAGACGCCGGGCGUCUUUCGUCACGUCGACCUCACUCGGGUUAAGACGGCGCAUUUCGGCACCACCAACACCGAAGCUGAGCGUAGUCUUUCUGUUUGGCGCAAUGUGCAGCUCUCCGAGUACUUGACUGAGGAUGACUUCUACGCCGGGCCCUUGAGGGGCAUCUUUUCGACGCUCAAGCAGCGAGACAUUCUCCGCGAUGUUCAAUCUCUGAUCCUCGACGGCCUCUCGGUCACGGCCGAGCUCUGCCACGAGAUCAUCAACGACCCGACCUACAGCGUGCGCAUGCUCUCGAUCCGCGAUGUCAAGAACCUGAACCACGGCAAGCUGCGCGCCGCGCUGGCUUAUGCCUGUCGCAGCACCCGCCCAGAGGGUGCCCCGCGACUCAAGGCUCUGUACAUCUUUGGUUCCAAGGAGCCUGCGACGCCUCUGCUCCACGACGCCGACACCACCAAGAUGUCGGUCGGCGCAGGCUGGAACCACAAGAGCCACAAGGCGCUGGGCGAAUCUCUUGAGGGAGAGGCUGAUGCCUGGUGGUCUCGUAAGGGUCGGAUGCUCAGCAAUGGCAUCGACGCAGACUGGGCGCAGUGCCUUCUCGCAUGCCAAGGCCUCAUCUCCUUCGAUGCCGUGCUGUGCCAGGGCCCACGCCACCGUAACUCGCCAGCCUUUGGCAAGAUGCAUCUGCGAUAUGCCUGCAACCCUGCCAUCGCCACCUUUGCGGUUGGCGGUUGCGCGUCCUGUGGCAAGGCGCCCGAGGGCCUCAUGAACACUGAGACGACGCAUCCUUCAGCACUGCCGCUGCUGUCUCCGCCGCCGAUCCUCUCGUCGUCCGUGCAGGCGGCCACUACGCCCCGGCCCGGAGGCCAGGCCUUUGCUGCGCGAUGCGCCGACUGCCUGAGGGACAGGUUCUGCGUGACGUGCAACAAGUGGUGGUGCGAGACUUGCUACGAACCCUUUGGCCAUUCUCACGGCGUGGGCAUGCAUGAACCGAGCGUCACGAUUGUCGAGUAUGACGGAAGCUGGAACUCGCUGGACCAAGUGGAGCCGGCGCCGGCAACAAUGACCAAAGCCAAGGCCCGCGUCUCACGAAGCUGCUGGGAAUGCGGCAUGAAUUGCGAUGACUGCAUCGAGCGCACGCAAAAGAUCUGCAGGAAGUGCUGCGGCGGAUACUGCCUCACGCACAACGAGGGUUCCUCGUCGUCUUUCUGUGAUUGGUGCUUCUCACGAGGUCGAGGCCUCACGCGCGUCUAG